AUGCGUACUUUCAAAUUCUCCAUUAUCAACAUCAUUAUCAUCAGCAGUGCCAAAGAUCUUGGAAACCGGGUCGUGAACAUUAGUCUCCGGGGUCCCAGCGUCCGGCUACUUUUUCAUCCGCCUCAUUCGACCACUUCCAUUUCGAGCAUAACCUUCCCACUGUUCUUACACACCAUCCCUCUCCUCAACCAGUUCCAUUCACGAGCGUCCGCUUCAUUCUCUUCUGCCGGAGAAGAUGAGUUGGUAGAUUCCAUUGUCGGGUGUGAUUUCUUAGUCCGUCCAAAUCAGGCAAUUCGUGUACCGGCAGCCAGAACAAAGCCUGCCUCCAGUCCCAGCGGUAGCAUUCAAGAGAACCUGUAG